AGCAGCAAUCUGCCUGCGCGCAAGAUGACGGCAGAAUCCCGAUCGAUAAGAAUGUGCGCGAAUCGUUCGGAUUUGAGUUCUAUUGCUUGGGUUGAGAUGAUCGGUCCCGGUCCGGAAAGGUUCAGUUCGAUUCGAGCGUCGGUGCGGAGUGCACAACGAGUCCAGUCGAGAGUAGUGCCUGUUAGAUGGUGGCAGGACCUUGGAGUUCUCAAGUGGUGUCCUGCGCAAAAUAGGGUCGAUCGGGUUGGCUUUUUUUUUGUUAGUGCGUUGUGUUGGUGUGUUGAUUCGACAUUUGUUAUUUUGGCGAAGAGCUGCAGAAGUUCCUUAGUUUGUGGAAGUCGAAAAUGCGCGGAAGAAAUUCAACGCCCAAAGAGUACCCAAAGGUCGAGUGUCUAUCGGUACCUACGACCCGGUAAUGAGAUAGGUCACUCCGCGCUGCUGGUAUUCGCUUCGUCGAGCUCUCCGGGAGAUACCGUGUGUUUGCAAAAAGUUCAUUGAAUCGGGCUUCAGCUGUGUUACAAAAAGUGAGCCCUUGAUAUGCAAUCAAUCUGUGCCGAACGAGGACCGAUUUCCGUUUUUGUGGUAAUCUGCAGUCAUUUGAGCAAAAUACCAAAACCGUGAAAAGUUCUCCUCUGGAAUAUUUUGUGCAGAAGAAUCGUCUCUUGUGAGUGAGUGAUUGUGUUCAACUACAAAAGGAAGUCCCAUGUGUUAGACAAAACAAAUUCCCGAUGAAAUAAAAGACUUGCGCACAUUAUCAGACGAGUAUUGGCAAAGAGCAACAACUAUCGAUGCGGUUCGAAGUCUCGUAACCAACGAAGAUCGCGCACUGAGUGAUCUCGCAUACAUAUCACCCUAUCUGUUCAUGGCAGUUGCAUAUACACACAGAACGUCAAGUGGUGCAUGAAAUUGUGCGUUCUAGACUGCUGCCACUCGCCUAAGAUUGGCGGGCCAAAUCUUCGGUCAAAGUUACGUUAUCAUCGGCAAUUAGUCCUAGUUCUUCUAAUUAGUGCUGGCAAAAACGUCAGAGUGCAACCGCGAACAAAAAAAAAAUCGGCGCAAAACCGCCAUUCACUGAUAAUACAACUGAUCCUGGAAAAGUAGAAAGAACAGCAUUCAACCAUGGCAUUGGAUUUCACCAGGCGGCAGUGGCUCACACUGAUCAUCAUGGGAUUGGCCGAUUUUUGCAAUGCAAUCUGCGUCAGUUUACAGGCACCAUUCUUUCCAAAUGAGGCGGAACGGAAGGGUGCAACGGCAACAGAGUACGGUCUAGUGUUCGGAAUCUUCGAACUGGUAGUGUUUAUAAUUUCACCAAUCUACGGUCAGUGCAUCAACCGGAUUGGACCCAAAGUAUUAUUCAACAGCGGAAUCUUCACCACCGGCACCUCAGCCAUCCUGUUCGGUCUGCUGGAUCGGAUACCGGAUCACGUUCCCUUCAUCACAUGCGCCUUCAUCAUUCGGAUCGUGGAAGCCCUGGGCAAUGCCGCCUUCCUCACGGCUUCCUUCGCCAUCAUCGCCAAAGAGUUCCCGAACAACGUGGCCACCACCUUCGCAUCUCUGGAGACCUGCUUCGGACUGGGUCUGAUCGUGGGUCCCAUGGUUGGCGGAGCCCUGUACUCCGUCGGUGGCUACUAUCUGCCGUUUGUGGUGCUCGGAUCGGCCCUGUUCGUGACCGCCAUCCUAACGCUGUGCAUUCUGCCCAAACACGCGAACGAACCCAUCGAGGAAAACGACAAACGAACUUCCAUGUGGAGCGUUCUUAAGAUCCCGGGGGUCCUGGUAAGCUCGCUAGCGAUCUGCGCUACCAGUGCCUCGAUUGGAUUCCUCAGUGCGACACUGGAACCCCACCUGCGGCAGUUCGAGCUGGGACCGAUUCUGUUGGGGGUUGUAUUCGUGAUCAACGGUGGAAUCUACGCGCUCACGGCGCCGAUCUUCGGUUGGAUGGUGGACAAAUUUUUGAGCCCAAAGGUGUGUUCUACGAUGGGAUGUUUCCUGGUUGUGUCUGGAUUCCUAGUGGUUGGACCAGCGUCAUUCCUACCAAUUGAGACCACUCUUGACGUUGUCAUUGUUGGUUUAGUGUUACACGGACUUGGCAUUGCGGCGGUAUUGGUGUCAGGAUUUACGGAUGCACUGAGAACGUCAAUUGCCAAAGGUCUCCCGGACAGCAUCGAAACGUACGGUCUGGUAUCCGGUCUGUGGACCUCAACUUUCGCCUUCGGUGCCUUCGUCGGUCCAUCGGUUAGCGGCCUUCUGUUCGAUGCCAUUGGAUUCCGUGGUUCAACCCUGUUCAUCGUCGGACUGGAGCUAAUCGUGGGUAUCAUUCUGCUGUUCUUCAUUAUGUGCGACAAGACUCCAUCGCAGUACAAGGAGAUCUCGUCGGUGGAGUCGCUCAUCAAAAGCCAGGACAGCCAAUCGCAUGACAGUAUCCUGGGUAGCCGCAGCAGCAGCCUGGAUAUCAGCUUCCGAGGACGAGGAAGUCAGCAUUCGCUCGCCAUAGAAUCGUGGCGCCCCUCGGCCAACAGCCUGAUUCUGAGCAACAGCUACAACAGCAAGCAAGGCCACUGGGCCCGGUCAGUUACGGAGUUGGAAUCUAGUAAUGUGGCACAGUACGGACCGCAAUAUGGAAGUUUCGAUGCUCGACCGGCCUAUCAGGAUACGAUGUCUUAAGCAGAGGGAUCCUCGAGCCCAGCCUCUGCCAAAUGGAUUGGUCAAUUCACUGACCAACGAUUGGAUAAACCUGCCAUUCUUGUUUCCUUAACUAGGAUGUAAAUAUAUUUAAAGCUACACUACUCAUAGGAUUUCAACCUUCCGCCCUUUCCCACUGCACAGCGCCAGCUAAUCUAGCAGUUGUACCGAACCGAAAGAUUAAACAUUUAACCACAAGACUUGCUCUAGCUUUGUACUUUAUAAUGCAAACAGAUACGUCAGGCGUGAAGGAAGAUAGGAACGCGGCUACCAAAGAAACAUUUGGCAUUCACGUGACCGCACAUGACUGGCCAGGCGAGAUUAUCAGGAGGCCGCGAAAAACGGCAGCUAGAUUUCGCAAACUCAGUUCACUUUCCCGAUUACAAUACAGUAUAGCAACUUAGCUAGGACAUUUUGUUCUCGUCAAUUUUCGCAACUAAUUUGCCUUCCCGCCCGUGUAUGUCUUUUACGCAUAGCAUUACCUACGUUAAUUUGUAGCAAACAGGAAAGUAGAAGGAAAAAAACACGGAUUCAAAUCUCUAUUCAACGCAAAGCAUUUGCCAUGACAGGAGGUUCGCGAGCUUGCGGUGCGAGGUGAACCAGAAACAGAAAAAAUAAGAAAAAAAAAAAUCAAGAACCUUUAUUAAUGUGAUGAUAGCAUUUACUCUCUACGGAGCAAACAAAAGAGCGUGGAAGCGAUAAGCGCAAAGCUGUAGACAUGAAGAUGAUUUACCAACAAGAAGCACAAUAAAUGUAGGCUAUUUAUAAUGAAACCGAA